AGGAGGGCGUAAGGAAGGAAUGGCCAGAGUGCUGGCUGGACGCCAACUGGGACAUUUCUGAUGUGGGGAGCACAGUAGCAAUUCUAUCUCCUUCUGUUGCUGCUGUAGGUUGAGUUUGUUUCCGAAAGCUCCUCCUCCCUUAAUUGACCAGUGGGUUUGGCAGACUUUGGCUGAAAUGUGUUAGUUUGACCCCUUAGGGUCCUUUCUCCGCCGCCGCACUCUCUGCUCCUCCUUUUUUUCUUUUUUCUUUUUUUUUCUUUUUGAGGAAUCGUUCUCCAUCCCUGCUCAGGAUGGAAGUUUUGAAGAUCUGUGUCCUUAGAAGAAGUGCUUGUGCCGCCGCCUGCUUCUGGAGAAGGAAAGUUAUCCCAAAGCCACCGUUUAGAGGCAUUAGUACUACGUCUGCGAGGAGCACUGUCAUGCCCGCUUGGGUGAUAGAUAAAUAUGGAAAGAAUGAAGUCCUUCGGUUCACCCAGAACAUGAUGUUACCUAUCAUACACUAUCCAAACGAAGUCAUUAUCAAAGUCCAUGCUGCCAGUGUAAAUCCUAUAGAUGUUAAUAUGAGAAGUGGCUAUGGAGCCACAGCUCUAAAUAUGAAGCGUGAUCCUCUGCACAUGAAAACCAGAGGAGAAGAGUUUCCGCUGACUCUGGGUCGGGAUGUCUCUGGAGUAGUGAUGGAGUGUGGGCUUGACGUCAAGUAUUUCCAGCCUGGGGAUGAGGUCUGGGCUGCAGUUCCUCCUUGGAAACAAGGCACUCUCUCAGAAUUUGUUGUGGUCAGUGGGAAUGAGGUUUCACACAAGCCCAAGUCGCUCACUCAUACUCAAGCUGCCUCUCUGCCGUAUGUGGCUCUCACAGCCUGGUCUGCCAUAAACAAGGUCGGCGGCCUGAGUGACAGGAACUGCAUGGGGAAGCGUGCGUUAAUCUUGGGUGCGUCAGGUGGAGUUGGUACUUUUGCGAUACAGAUCAUGAAAGCAUGGGGUGCUCAUGUGACGGCCGUUUGCUCAAAGGAUGCCUGUGAGCUCGUGCGGAAGCUUGGAGCAGACGAGGUCAUAGACUACACGCUGGGAAGUGUGGAAGAGCAGCUGAAGUCUCUAACACUGUUCGACUUUAUCCUGGAUAAUGUUGGUGGAUCUACUGAAACAUGGGCUCUAAAUUUUCUCAAGAAGUGGUCAGGAGCCACCUAUGUGACUCUAGUGACUCCUUUCCUCCUGAACAUGGACCGACUGGGUGUUGCUGACGGCAUGUUGCAGACAGGAGUCACCGUGGGUACAAAGGCACUGAAGCAUCUCUGGCAAGGAGUCCAUUACAGAUGGGCGUUCUUCAUGGCCAGCGGUCCAUAUCUAGAUGAAAUUGCAGAACUGGUAGAUGCAGGAAAGAUCCGGCCAGUCAUUGAACAGACCUUCCCUUUUUCUGAAGUCCCAGAAGCCUUCCUGAAGGUGGAGAGAGGCCACGCCCGAGGAAAGACUGUGGUUAAUGUAGUUUAAAUACCCAUUUUCUCGAGCCUCAGGGUUGCUGCUCUCCUCGAUGAGUGCCUGUGAUCCAGGCAUCUAGCCCUCGCCAGAUACUCCCCCAAGUCAGAUCUCAAGUUUCACGAUCUGUGUAAAAGCCUAAAUCUGGACUGGUAAGAGAGCUCCUAGGUAAAGUUGCUUGACAUGCAAGCGUGCUGCCCGAGUUUAGUUCUUGAGCCCACGCAAAGGAGAACUGACUCCACUCAAUCGGUCUCUCCCGCCCCCGCCCCGUGCACACGCCUCCACAGUGAUAAAGAAAAUGCAUAAUGCAUGUGUGGGCACACGUGCCAGGCCAGGCGCACUGUGGACGUCACGGGGAUCCUUGGUACCAGCGCUUCUACCGUGUAGGUUCUGCGAUAGAACCCAGGGCAGUAGGUUUGGUGGCGGGUGCCUUUAUCCACUGAGUCAUCUCACUGGUCCAAUAAAAAACAUUUUUAAAAAUAUGUGUUUUAAAAAAAUACUUUUAAAAUUAAUUAUUUAAGUUGGCAUACUGAUUAGUGUUUCUUCCUGGCAGGCCAUUUGUACACUCAUGCAGUGGAGCCUUUUUGCUGAUCAUUUGCCAAUGUUUGACACAACACUGUCAGCCCCUGCGCGUGCCUGUUGUCAGUGGGAAGUACAUGGUGGUCGGUUUUAAUUUAUUUUUAUUCUCUGUCAUGUGUAUGGUAUUUGCCUAUAUGCAUGUGCACCACAUGCCACGUUUUGUAUCUGGGGUGCCCAGAGGUGGGUGGGUGUCAGGUCCUCUGGAACUAGAAUUAACAGGUAGUUGUGAGCUGCCAUGUAGGUGCUAGUAAUUGAACCUGGGUCCUCGGGAAGAGCGGCCAGUGGACCUCACUGUGGCGCUGUCUCCAGCCUCUGCACAGUGGUUUUGUUUUCAUAAGCCAUGGUUUGACCCAGUUUUGUAGAUUUUUGUGUUUGUGGCCUUUUUGUAGCUCAAACCCCACCAUCUUACUGUAAUGUUUCUGAGAUUUUGAAACAGGUAAGAACAUAUCCCAAGGACCUACGUAUGCAGUAUACACGUGUGAUGAUAUUGGGAGGCGGCAGACUUGAGCACCUACUGGGGGCAUGGGGAUGUGCUGCUGGGGGAGACACCAGGGCCUGUGUCCUGAUCCCCUGUCCGCAAGCCCGGGGAGCAUUUUGUUGAUUGAUUAUUGAUGUGGAUGAGUCCAGCCCACGGUGGGAGGUGCGUGACUACCCAGGGUAGUCACGGGGUGUGUGAGAAACCAAACUAAGCUAAGGGGAGGCAGGCCAGUCAGCAGCGCUCCUCUGUGGCCUCUGCUUCAGCUCCUGCCGUCAGGGUCCUUCAUUCCUUGCCUUCUGCCCUCCAUGAUGGACUGUAAUCUGUAAGGUAUAAUAAACCUUUUCCUCCUCAA